AUGAGGGGUGAAGAUCCUUCCAUCUUUCAUUCUCCAGGUCUGACAGCAUCUGUUAUACGAAGCUUACAACAGUAGCGGAAGGAUCAGUUGCUAAACACUAGCAGAGGCGUGUUUCACAUCGGCACCUCCAAUCAAUUGCUCCUCUCUCCGACUGGGGACGUGGGAUGUUUUGAUGGAAAAAGGCUGCGUGUGAUGCACAGGGCUUUCACCGUCUUGCGUUCCGGCUGCAGUUCCCGUGGCCAACACUCUGACAGGCGCUGGGAGAGCAGGAAGAGACGCCUGGAGAUUCAGGGAUGCUCAUAGUGGGCUAAUAAUACACAUCCUCCACAACUGGCCCACGUCAACUUCCAAAUCGGCACGAUUGCUCGCUUCAUCCGCGGACCCUAUACAGAUCUGACAGUAAACGAUCUCUGCUCUCACAAAUUUGAAGUGCCAAGGACAAGAACACUUGAAAAGCCAUCAUGAAUUUCCUGAUGAAGGCAGCUUUGGGAGGAGGCCCCCCUGAUGUUGGUAAAAUGCUGGGAGGAGAGGAGGACAAAGACCCUGAAGCAGAAAAAGAGAAGGAAGAAGAGAGACAGGAAGCUCUCAGACAGGAGGAGGAGGAGAGGAAGGCCAAACACGCCAAGAUGGAAGCAGAGCGGGAAAAUAUAAGACAGGGCAUCAGAGACAAGUACGGCAUUAAGAAGCGAGAGGUGGCCGAAGCCGAGGAACAGGCGGCCAUGGAGCAGGCGAGCGAAGGCAGUCUGACCCGUCCAAAGAAAGCAGUACCAUCCGGCUGCGGAGAUGACGAGGAGGAGGAAAACAUCAUGGACACGAUGAUGAAGUAUCUACCGGGCCCACUGCAGGACAUGCUGAAGAAGUAAUACCCCGAAUACUCUUGAACACACGCAGCUUUAGAUAUCAUUUUAACGUGUACUGACUUCGGCGAGAAGAGAGCACACUAGAGCAAAACACCAUACACCCGACUACACCAUUCACACAUUUCGAUUUGUGAGGAGCUUUAGAUAUUAGUGACAGAUCAAUCAAACAAGAGGGGUUAAUUAUCAGAAUAUAAGCCAUAUUUUAUCUUUGCGCGGAAACCUGAAUCACAUCAUCUCUUUGGCAGUUAUUUCUUAUUCAAUACGUAAAAAGCAAUAUAUAUGCAUGAAUUGUUCGAGUGUCUAUUCCACUGUUUUGCAUUAUCAGUCAAUAAUGUUGUCCAUGUUCAUUUAGUGUUCGAUAUGAGGAAAAAAGUUAACUUGAAGACAUUCUAGUCUUGCAUGUGUCCAUAGUGUUUGUGUGUUCACUGACAUCUUGUUUUUGUCACUGCAAUCAGAUAAAGAAGGCAAUAACAUUCCCCCACGCCGUAAGCUAAAUCACAACUACCUUCGUACGUUUGUCAUGACGCCAUUUAGUUCGUUCUGGCGAGUCUUGUCACACUUGCACUGUAGUAUCAUCGGUCUGGAACAUUUAAUGCCUCAAUUCAGUUCAACAGUGUUGUCGAGAUGCGUUCUCACACCUUUAUUGCGCUUUACGACAGAUUCUGAAUUUAUGAAAAUUUCUGAUUUUAAGACUGUAACUCAGUUUCACAGGGAUGCUCUGUGUGUUUUGAAUGGACUGUAAUUUCUCUGGUCUAGAGCCAUGGAAUUUUUGUCUGUAAUCUACAACAUUCUCAGCAAUAAUAACAUAUUCUGUUUGCUUGGCUUGCAGUAAAACAAGAAAUAAAAUCGUAUGAAUUGUAUGAAUGGCUCUGAUGUUUUAAAAAAAGAUGAAAUGUGAAAUGUCUGUCUCAAGAAUUGAUGCCACUAUAAUAAAACAGUCACACAAA